AUGGAACCCUUCCAUCAAGUCUAUCUCGUCCUCGCGUUCUUCAUCUCGGCCACAAUGGCUAUCCCUCAACAAACCGCCUCGGUCACCAUCACCACUGCUGCAGGUCCGGCUACGAUAACCAAAGGCCCCGAACUCAGGUGCUCAGAUGGACAAAUCGCCGUCUACACGACAGACUGCACAAUGGGGACCCCUGUUUCGUACUGUUCCAGACCGGAGCCUCCAAUCGAGUGCUCUGAGGGAUUCUUCCCGUCUAUUUGGCAUCCUGGCCAUUGCAUGGAGCAAUCGACCUGUUUCCCGCUCAACGCACCAUGGAUUACCACCGAGUGCUCGAACGGGGCUAUCCCAUAUUCGACGUCGACCUUGUAUGAGGGUACCUUGGCGGGAGGCGACUCAACUGUGAUCAGUGCUGUCUCCUGUUCCUGUGCCGUAAACCAAUGGUACAGCUCGACUCGUCUACCAGGGUCGACGAAGUAUGACACCUUCUGUAUGCCGCACAGUGCCUGUCCACAGGGUAUGAUGACCUCUGUCUCAACCAACAAGUACUGCGCCACCCAGCCAGCGGGCGUUUGCAAGGAUAUACCUCUGGAAACGGACUUUUGUAAAUGCGCCUAUCCGGAGCAGACUCCAAUCUAUCCUGACUGGCCUGGUGCUAAUCCAACUGGGUGCGAGUUUUGA